CAGGACGUGCGCGCUCACGACGAGCAGCGGCAAAUAUCAGCUUGACUGCUCAAAUGUGGCGCCUCCUUGUGGCACUGCAAAGUUCUAAGCCUGUGGGCAACAAGACAAGAUAACGAUUUCACAUAUAAGCUGCUAAAUUGCGCGUUGAUGGCUGCGUGGACGUGGAUGUGGGCUACAAAGGAGGCAGUGGCGCACAAGUCCCGCCUGUAUUUCCCUCUGGAGGAGUCUCAGUAUCUGGGGAUUGGAGCUGCGGGUUGUCAGUAGCUGAAAUGGCUCAUCCUUAGCUCACACACAUUGUGUGUGUGAGAGAGAAACGAAGCCAGACAGUGACGGAUCUGAUCUCCCUGCUCCCUUUAACUGCCUGUCACACCGCACAGGCGCGCAACAACAGCCACCUGCAGCCAGCCAGCCAUCCAUCCACCCAUCCGUCCAUCCGCUGUCGGGAUGGAGAGAGAGAUGCAGCCCGCAGAUGAAGGACCGUGCGCCCCGAAGAUGUGCCGAGAGGAGCGCGGUCCGUUCAGCACUACGAAAAUCUUCCAGAGCAAACGCUCGGCGGGCAAGUCGCGCGUUGACAGGUCCGCUGUGGUCGAGGUACCUCUGUUUGGCGACGGACAUCACUUCACUUUUCACCCCGAGCAGCCUCAUCAUUUCCAGCCGCUCCAUCUCCGUCAUUACCAGCAGCAGCAGCAGCGCCUGCAGCCGGUCCACCAAGCCAGCGUCGCUAUCAGCAGCAGCAGCCAACAGCAUCACCCGACGCCUCAGCAGCAGCGUUUCCCAUGUGAGGUCAGGCCCAGCAGCAGAGUCCCGACAUCCACCUCAGUGGUGGUGGCGGCGGCGGCGUCUCUCAACGCACAGCAGCGACGCGCUAGCGGCGGCGGAGCGGAGCCCAGAUUCUCUCCAGACUGCACCCACGGCAUCAGCUCAGAAAACCGUCUCAUCUUGGAUGCCUUUGCACAGCAGUGCAGUCGAGUCCUCAGCCUCCUCAACAAUGGCCGUCUCCUGGAUCCUUCGUCCUCCUUUACCUCCAACAUCAAGCUGGAAGACACUCAGGGGCUUCACUGCUCCUCACUAGGGAAGUCCAAACCUGAAGAAAGCUCGUCCACCACAGACCCAGAGGAGGAGGCUCAACAAAGCCAUUUCAACCAACAACAGACCUCUGCCGUUCUCCGCAUCUUCACAGACUCCCUACAGAACUACCUCUGCCCAAAGCCUCAGCCUCAGCAGCAGCAGCAGCAGGUGCAGCAUGUGGCUGCAGGUCUGGAGGACGAGCAGUGUCCAUUAGCUGAGCCCGGUUCAGGGGCGUCUCCUCCAACUCACACCAUGGGAGGCUGGGGCUCGCCGACUCCGUCCGAGUCCUACGGCCACCCGUCGUCCACGCUGCCCGAGGAGGACGAGGAGGAGGAGAACUGCUGUCCACGCUGCCUGGAGCUGGAGCAGGAGGUGCUGUCUCUGCAGCAGGAGAACGAGGAGCUCCGCAACAAGCUGGAGAACAUCCCAGUUCCCUGUCAAAAUGUUCUCGACUACUUCAAGACUGUUCUGGAUUUUCACAACCAGCUGAUCCAGCCUAUGCCCGAAGAGCAGCUCACAGAGGAAGAAGAACGGCAAACAGUCUUCGAGGGCAGUAAACAGCUCCUGGAGAACUAUCCUCUUUUCAUCACUAAUAAGCAGUGGGACGAAGCCGUCAACUCCUCUAAGAAAGACGGCCGGCGGCUGCUACGUUACCUGAUACGCUACAUCUUCACCACAGACGAGCUGAAGUUCUCUUGUGGUUUGGGCAAAAGGAAGCGUUCAGUCCACUCAGGGGAACCGGGCCUGGAGAGGCGACCGCUCAACCCUGUCAAAGUCAGCUGCCUCAGAGAGUUCAUCCGGAUGCACUGUGCCUCAAACCCAGACUGGUGGAUGCCGUCAGAGGAGCAGAUCAACAAAGUGUUCAGCGAUGCCGUGGGUCACGCUCGCCAGGGCCGAGCGGUCGGCACGUUCCUGAGCAGCAGCUGCAGCAGCACCAGCAGCCUCUACAUGGACAGCUUUGACGGACAUUUGUCACAGGACGAACUGUAUUUGAAGGGCUGCCAGAACGGUCAGUCAGACUGAAGUUACAGGGGAAAUGAAGAGACAAACGCCAGAUAUGUAGCCGUACAACAAAAACAACAACAUAUCCCAAAAUCACUGACCUUAUUCUGUCACUUUACACAGUGAAGAAAACAUUCCAGAGGAA